AUGCCUCGAAGACUUCUUCCAGACGGUAGACUUCCAUUUUCCAGCCGUUUGAGAGCUGGAUCUUCCUCAUCCGUCCCAGCACACGAGCCGGAACCCGAGCAGGCAGAACCUGAGCCAGUGCCAAUUGUUGUGCAACAGCCUGAUCAGUAUCCCGGAGGCCCUACAGAUACUUCUCUUCUUUAUCUGUAUCCGAGUCAUGUGGGCAGAUUUUUAUGGUAUGGAGAGAAAAAAUGUCUGAAAGUGGCUUCACAUGGGAAGAAGCAUAGAAAGAUGGUUCUUACUCAGCUCCCUAGACAGAUAGAGGAUCUUGUGAGAGAUUCGGGUCUUGCCGCUUUACAACAUACCAGCUUACUAGCGAUUGAUCCGAAUCUUGUAUCAGUAUUUGUAGAGAGGUGGCAUUCAGAGACAUCUUCGUUUCACAUGCUAUUGGGUGAGAUGACCAUCACCUUAGAUGAUGUAUCUUGUCUUCUACAUUUGCCAGUUGGAGGGAGUUUCUGGAUACCCCAUCAUGUCACUGACUGUGAUGUUGUUGAGCUGGUUGUUGAUUAUUUAGGAGUGCGACGUGGUGAUGCAGCUAGCCACGUUCAUGACUGUAGAGGUGCUUAUUAUGGUAUUUGGAUUGGUAUUAUAGGGUUUCACAUCCUAUAUUGA